ACGGCUUCAACAAGUAACCUUGCCUCUGCCAGGGCCCGACACGGAGCCUAUGUUUGUGCCCUGCCUGUGACCCAGAGCCCAGCCCGACCUGUGCUGUCCCCAGGGGCUCGCCCUGCAGAGCAGAGCCCGCCGGGCACUGCCCCCGUCCUGGAGGGCACGAUGGGCGCAUAAUGGGAGCCUCGUACAAAACCAGAUCAUAAAUCAAUAGGAAACGGGACACUUCUGGUAACCUAGCGUGUCAAUUGAAUGCCACAUGGCAACCUGCAAGUGCUGGCGAGCUCUGUGUAUUCCCGUCAGAGAGAUCAUUGACAAGGAGAUUAAUCCCUUUGUGGACAAGUGGGAAGAAGAAGGACAGUUCCCAGCACAUAAAGUGUUUAAAAUCCUGGGACAGGCUGGAUUCCUUGGUGUGGAUAAACCAACAGAAUAUGGCGGCAUGGGUUUGGACUUCUCCUAUAAUAUUGCAGUGGCAGAAGAGCUGGGAAAUAUCCGUUGUGGCGGUAUUCCCAUGGCUAUUGGAGUGCAAGCUGGCAUGGCUACCCCUGCUCUUACAAGGUUUGGUUCUCAUGAGUUGAAAAAACAGUUCCUUGUACCAACUAUAGCUGGUGAUUUUGUGGCUUGCUUGGGAGUCAGUGAACCUGGAGCUGGGUCAGAUGUCGCAAGUAUCAAGACAACAGCUGUGAGAAAGGGUGAUGAAUAUGUCAUCAAUGGUGGUAAGAUGUGGAUUACGUCCGGGAGCCAGGCAGACUGGAUGUGCCUCCUGGCAAACACCACUGAAGGACCUCCCCAUAAAAAUAAAUCUCUCAUAUGUCUGCCAAUGAAUCUACCUGGCAUUCAUGUUGCUAAAAAGAUAGACAAACUGGGUAUGAGGUCAUCGGACACUGUUCAGAUCUUUUUUGAAGAUGUAAGAGUUCCCUGCAAAAACCUCAUCGGUGAGGAAGGAAAGGGUUUUACGUACCAGAUGUUGCAAUUCCAAGAGGAGCGGCUGUGGGGCGUAGCCACUGCCCUGACACCAAUGGAAACUAUUAUACAAGAAACGAUUGAGUACACGCGGCAGCGGAAGGUGUUUGGCCAGCCUGUCCUGCACAACCAAACCGUGCACUUCCGCCUGGCCGAGCUGGCAACCGAAGUGGAGCUCCUGCGCUCGCUGCUGCACCGUGCCGUGGCUCUCUAUGUAAAAGGCAACGAUGUGACAAAAUUUGCUUCCAUGGCUAAGCUAAAGGCAGGUCGUCUGACCCGUGAAGUGACUGAUAGCUGUCUCCAGUUUUGGGGAGGAAUGGGAUUCACCAGUGAAGUUCUUGUGAGCAGGUUUUACAGGGACUUGAGAUUGAUGUCAAUAGGAGGUGGCUCAGACGAAACCAUGCUUUCCAUCAUAUGCAAAUACAUGGAUGCAUUUCCAAGAAAGUGAUGCAUCUCCACUCCUCCUUGAAAAUUAAGAAAGCAAGAGCAUGACUUGUGCUGCACACUGAAGGUGACAAGCAGCCAGUACGCUUCAAGCUGAAAACAGAUCAGUAAUUUUGCCAUCAAAAUGCACAUCAAGGUCUUUCACCAUUACCACUCUGAAUUUUCCAGUUUCAAAUUUUUGUGAUUUGAAUCACUCUGAAAGUUUGUAGGCUCCUGCAUUCUGUUUUUUCAGUGGGUUAUUUAAGUUUUCCAAUGACCCAUGCUAAGCACACAGAAAAAAAAUUUGUUCUUUAGACAAGUUUUAUCUACACUUUAGAACAUCUAAGCUGACAAUUACGAAACAGGACUUCCAUAUGAAUGGAAGCUACGUAGCUCACUCAUUUCAGUAGAGCUUUGCUUUCAAGAUGAACAAUUAUGUCACAAAUGAUUCUCUGCCAUAAUCAAACCCCAGAACAGUGCCUCUCCUCUUUUUUUCCUCUCCAAUUACAGGUACCUUCCCUAUCUUUCACUUUAAGCAAGCAAUCAUCAAAAUGAGCUCUGUCGUCUUCACCAAAUCCUUAUCAAUUUGUACUCCACUCUAUCAUGGACUUUUGGUCAUGGGAGUAAUGUUAAAUUUUUAUUUGCAGAAUUCUACAAACAACUGUUUAAGUGUAUCUGAAGCUUGUGGAGCCUGAACUUCAGCAGCAAUGUAUCAUGUUUUGUGUAUAAUUAUUAAAAAAAAAAUUAAACACGUUAAUAUAAAAAUAAUAUAAAAUAAAAAAUAAACAAGUUAAUAUGAAAACUGUGCGAAUUACUUAAAGCCUUCCUAAAACAGUCAUUUAGGCUGGGAGAGACAGCCUGUAUUAUUGACUAAAAAAAUAAAAAUUGCCCCUUAAAUAUAGCACCAUUUCCAAAAAAAUACACCAGUAUUCUACUGUAGAAAAAAAUGUAUAUAAACAACACUAGCUAGGAUAAUACUACAGGACACUUUAUUUUUAAGUUCAUAAUUGGUUAUUAAUGGUAACAUAUCAUACAGUAUUUCUAGAAAAGUUUUUCAAAAAUUGUGGAUACAAUUUCAAUAUCUAGGAAACUUAAUUUUUUUUUUUAAUUUUAAACUCAGCAAUAUAAUAGCCUCAAUGAUUAGAAACUACUUGGUGGGCCAAAGCUAAGUCUUCAAAAUAAAGUGUCUUAAUGUGACUGCACCUCCAACAAAUGCAUCACAAUAUACUUUAAUAUAAAAUUCAAAAUAUCUACUAUUGUAUUUCAAACAUCAUGCACUGCAGAUUUAGGGACUAUCACUAAUUGAAAAGUAAACAUACUAAUGGUAAAAGUUCAAGUGAUUCAAUGGAAUCAUUUCAGUUUUAAGUACUUUAAAUAUAAAGAAAACAUUUGUAUUGUGUCCAUAUUGGUUGGUCCCAAUGAUGAAAGGCAUUUGCUUCAAAGAGUAGAUGUGUAAACAUGAUCUGUCACAUUUAAACUAAAAAAUAAAAAUCCAGUUUUAAGUAACUUCUUGCCAAAACAAAGUUUAAGCUACUUAAACAUUAUCACAUCUAACCACAAAAGUAAUUUUUGGGGGUACCACUACUGCAUUUUCUAGCUUCAGGCCAGCCCUUUAAAAAUCCACAGGUAAGAUGUAUUUAGAAAAAUCUA